GUCUGCUGAUCUGCUACUGCGGCUGGCUCAGAAUAACAAGGCAGUUUGCUAAUACCGUCUAUUGGUAGGCUACUUUCUCACAGAUACCUCGCCGAGUGAGCUCCGAACGCCAGCAAGACAGGCAAGCAUACAGUACAGCGCAAGUUCCGCAAGACAGCAUGGCUUCAGCAGACUUUUACGAGGUGGAGAAAAUAGUGGACAGGCGGAAAACCAAAAAGGGGAAGUGGGAGUACCUGAUCCGGUGGAAAGGCUACGGACGCAGCGAGGACACCUGGGAGCCCGAGCACCACCUGCUGCACUGCGAGGAGUUCAUCGACCGCUUCAACGCCCUGCACCUGCACAGGCACCGGCGCUCCAAGCAGGGCCGGCACGGCUGCCGGGCGGGCCCGCCCCUCUUCGGCCACGCGGGGGACAGCCAGGCGGUGAGGGCCCGCUGGGAGCCGCAGAAGAAGAAACGGGCUAGUGCUAGUGCUAGCGCUAGCGCCGCGGCGUCGCAGAAACAGAGAAAGGCCCCGGUCGCCAAGCAGGCCGCGGCCGCGGACAAGGCGGCCAAGCCCGCGGCGUACGGGGGCACGCGCGGAGACCUGCAGUUCCUGUCCUUCAGGAGGCCGCACAACGGAUUACAAAAUGGGGUCCUGGAUCCUAUGCGCUACAGGAAUGCCACCAAAGUGCACAAAAUCCCCUCCAGUGGAAGAGCAGAUGAAAUUUUGGGGGACAUUGACGUGAGAGAGGCUCCCAUCAUGAAUGAAUUAGGGUCUGCCCUUUCAAAUGGUGGACUUAAUUUGCCCUCAGUGAAACGGAAACUGGUGGGGGAGAACGGCUACGUAUUUGACAAGAGACUGAGGUACAAUGUUCGACAGAAUGAGAGCAACUGUCGAUACCGGGACAUUGUGGUGAGGAAAGAAGAUGGCUUCACACACAUACUGCUGUCCAGCCAAACAUCUGCCAACAAUGCACUCACCCCAGAGAUAAUGAAGGAGGUGUGCCGAGCCUUGGGGAACGCGGCGGUGGACAGCAGCAAGCUGCUCCUCCUCAGCGCGGUGGGCGGGGUCUUCUGCAGUGGGCUGGACCGCACCUACCUCAUUGGGCGGCUGUCUAAGGACCGGAGGAAAGAGAGCUGCAGGAUCACUGAGACCAUACGGGACUUUGUGAAAGCGUUCAUUCAGUUUAAGAAGCCCAUCGUGGUGGCGAUCAACGGGCCGGCUCUGGGGCUGGGAGCCUCCAUCCUUCCCCUGUGUGACGUGGUGUGGGCCAGCGAGAAAGCCUGGUUCCAGACGCCCUGCGCCACCGUGCGCCUGACGCCCGUCGGGUGCGCCUCCUACACCUUCCCCCAGAUACUGGGCGUGGCCCUGGCUAAUGAGAUGCUGUUCUGUGGGAGGAAGCUCACGGCACAGGAGGCGUGCGGUCGGGGACUAGUGUCCCAGGUCUUCUGGCCGUCCACCUUCAGCCAGGAAGUGAUGCUGCGUGUGAAGGAAAUGGCCACCUGCAGUGCUGUGGUUUUGGAGGAGUCGAAGGGCCUGGUGCGGAGCUUCCUGAAGUCGCUGCUGGAGGAGGUGAACGAGAGGGAGUGCCAGAUGCUGCGGCAGCUGUGGAGCUCCACCAAAGGCCUGGACUCGCUCUUCAGCUGCCUGCAGGACAAGAUACACGAAGGCUGAGUGCCCUUUGCCGGCAGUCACGAUGCCCUCUGGGGCGUCGCCGUGGCAAACACUGUUCCGAUAGACCUCACUGGAUCGUCCCUGUGACAGGCUUGUGCCCCAUAGGAAGCAGAGGCGGGCAGUCAUGUGACAUAAGUGUGCCGUUUCCAUGGAACCUGUCCUGAGGGUGCGUCAUUUUUCGUCGCCCCCGGUUCCCGUCCUGACGGCUCGCUUGUGAGGACCUCUGAUGUUACAUUCCACCAGAGUGGAGAUUUUAUUGUUACACUGUAGCUUUAUUUAUUCGAUGAAAAAGACAUCAGGAUAAUUCAUAUUCCCAAAUGACAAAAAAAAUUGUUUACUAAGAGACACAUUUAUGUUGGUUUGUUGUUUUUUUUGUACUAGAUGCUGUGAGGUCCUAUAUGUUUUGGAAACCAAAGCUUUCCUGGGAAAUGUCAUAAUCUUUUUUAUGCUUUUCCCCCUUUUUCUCCCCAAUUUGUAAUGCCCAAAUAUGUACAUGCUGCGACGCUCAUAUCGCACCCUCCGUUGUCUGAUUGGGAGAGAGUGCAUACAAUCCGGUGCUCUCCUCCAAAGCGUGUGAUGUCAGCUGCUGCUUCUUAUCAUUGGGUUCAUGUAGACAUCAGACAGUUGGAGGACGAUUCUUUACGUGCAGCUCAACAGCCAAACUCGAUUGACCUGCGGGAGUUAGCUGGUGCAUGAUGACAUGCUAUCACCCCAGCAUUCCCUCCCUGGGCGACGCCAGAGCCAAUGGUGCACUGUCCUGUGGCACUGCCAGCCACAGUUGGCACUGGCAUGGUCCGGAUUCAUUAGCCCAUCCAUGCACUAGAACAGUGCCUUGACAGGAUGAGCCACCCAGCAGCUCCCAGUCUUACUCUGAUCAAGAAACAUUCCUCUGCUAUAUAAGAAAGGGCAAAAUGUUUACUGAUGUGUGUUCCAGUCAUGUGACAAUGAAUUAAUUUAUGAAUUAUAUGUGGUUCAUUAAGGACCAUAUUUUUUUAUGAACAAGUACACAGUAGGAGCAGUGUAAAAUUAAGGCCAUGAGUGAGAAGAAGGUAGGGUAGAAUAAAGGUCCCGGCCUGUGAUCAAAAUCCCACUAGGCUGUACAGGAGCAUCAUGCUGUUUCUCAGUGUUACAGUUGAAUGCACCUUUAAUAUAAAUAAAUGGAAAAUUACUGCUUAAUCUAGUGUGUAUUUGAACUGUAAAUAACAUUGACGGGUAUAUUUGCCAUAUUUACCAAGCAUAAUUACCAUGUAAUGAGCACUGUUCACUUCCAACUACCUAAAAUGGAGAUGUUACUGCAUCCUAAAAAAGAAUAUGCGGGUUUUAAUGAGGAAAGCGGGACAGAGUGCAGUGAUGUUUAUUCUUUAUAUUCUGUGUGUUUAGCAAAGGCUUCUGCAGGAUCUCAAGUCCCAGUCUCUCUCUCUCUCUCUCCCUCCCUCUCUUUCUCUCUCUCUCUCUCUCCCUCCCUCUCUUUCUCUCUCUCUCUCUCUCUCUCCCCCCGUCUCUUGCGAGACUGGUUGCACAACAUACUGAGGUAUUUAAAGAGCCAAACAAGAAUGGAUAUCUAAUGACCAUUGACAUUGAGGGAGUAGUAGAACCUUGCUGCACCUGUCCCAUCAUCCACUCCACCCCUCUCUCUCUCUCUCUCUCUCUCUCUCUCUCUCUCAUGUAUGUGUGUACUUUGUUGGAGCAGUCAAAGAUUGGGCUGUUUGUAAUCUCAGAAUGAUGAUGUGUAAAAUGCUUGGCUGGUAUAAGAACAAAUUCCUGUGUAAUUUCUUGUUCAUUUUUUUUGCCUUUCUUCAUGUUCACUGUUCACAUUAAGACCAACACUCCAUAGUGUCCCUUCAUGGCAGGCUCAGAAGUAUGAAUUUUUUAGUGGUCUAAGAAGCAACCAGUCAGCUUCAGGGUCAGGGUCACGCCUUUCAAGAUGCGAAUUACUUGUUUUUCCUUUGAAAGAGUAAUUCCCCCCGGAGACUUCUUUGGAAGUAUUACAUUCCCAAAUUGUGCUGCGGGAAAAUUGGACCUAAUCAUGCUGCUACCCUGUGACCCAUGAUUGAGGAAUCCUGGAAUAGUUUGAUCUGUUGUGGAAAUGACGAGGACUCUUGUUGUAAAUAGGAUUACAGCUGGGCUUGUCCUGAGUUGGAAUUACAGAUAGAUGUUCAUUUGAAUUAAGUUACCCAUAUGCUGUGAAAAAGAUACACAUUUGCAGAAGAAAGGCAAUUGAAUUUCUCAUAAAUGGAUUUGCUCAGUUUUGUUUUUGUAAUGAUGAAGCCCUUGAUUAAAAUGAGUUUGCAAACUACAGCAAAUGACUGCUGAAGUGCAGUUUUUUUUUUUGCAUAGAAAUUAAUGAAUUAUUUUUCACCUUUCCAACUGGCAACUAAGAAUCCUGCCUGAUGUAUUCUAUUUGUGUGCAAUGUUCACAUACAAAACAUAUUUAUUCUAUUUAUUUAUUUGAUUUAAACAAACGUGUACAGUAAAACAAAGAAAUGCAUCUUAUUCUGUACAGUGAAGAGAAUGAAGCUAUCAGAAUGUUUUGAAAUGCUAUUUUCAUAAGAUACUUUAUGUUAGUGUGGAUAUGUUAAUGCUUGUUUUCUUUGAAUUCAUUUUCCCCCUUUCUGAUAGUUAGACUUUGAGGGGCCUUUGCAGAAUCUUAAUGUGAAUUAUUUUUUUUAACUUAAUAAUGUUGAUUUGUGAAUAUAUAAUUGACUUACUGGCAUUCAGUAAGAUAAAUAAUGGAGUCUGCUCCACCUGCAUAUUGUAGUUCCUGCUGGUCAACUGAAAUGUUGUAAAUCUUCAGUCAUUAAAUAUUUAGUCUCUGGAAGUAGAUCUUCCUCUCUUUAUGGUAAAUGUAAAUAUGAACUAUAUUGAAUGGCAAAGAUGUGACUUAUUGUAUGUAAUUUGUAAUUACAUUGCGUAAGUUCAAAUAAUUAUUGUAUUAUAUAUUCAGGUUUUUUUUCCAGAAUACUCGAUUCACUGUAACUUUUGUUAAUAGGCUGUUUGUUCUUUUCUAUUUGUGAAUCAGUGGUGGAUAUAAUGUUGAACUGCAUGUAGUGACAGACUCAGAAAGUAAAUGUUUAUAAAUAUGGUGAUAUAUAUAUAUAUAUAUAUUGUUUUAUACAACUUUACUAUGUUAUAGUUUCGUAACCAUAUUUUUAAAAAUACAGCCUAGACGAAAUUGAAUGUUAUGUAGGCAGUUGUUCCUGUAUGCAUGCAUGCACUUUUUGUUUUAGAUAAAUGUGCUAUCUAAAUAAAAUAUGUUUUCUGGAUAUUACUUUUGUAUUGCUAAAGGAAGUAACAUUGGUAUUAUUGUCCGGUUAAUUAACUUUUUUUAAAUUAGAUUCCAGGCCAAUGUUCAACUGUUCUUUGUAGGUAGGGGAGUGCAGUCUAUGUUUCAUUAUGAACAUGUGAUAAUUUAGAGUGUUCGUUAUACUGCGAAUACUGGAAAUGCACUUGCUCUGGAAAUGUACUUGAAUAUCAUAUUACGUAUUUCUGUUUAUUUUUCUGAAAUUGUAUUUGUUUGAAUAAUUUUACAGUACAAUUCUGGCCCAUAGCCAAAACACAGGAUUAGUUUGAACACAGAAUAAUGCUUUAAUACUGAAGGAAUGCUUUCAUUUUGAAUGGAGAGUAUUAUAUGCAAACAUUUCUACAUUAUUCUGUCGACCAUGUGAGAGUAGUUCAGUCCUCAUACUUUGGGAUUUAUUCUUAAAUUUCAGCAGUUAAUUUCAGCAGCACAACCAACUGCAAAGUAAUAGGAUUGAAUAGACUCUAAUAUGUCUUACAACUGGUCUCUGUAUUUUGCACAUUACUGUAUAUGCUUGUGUCUUCUGAAAAAUUAAUGAAGAAAGUGCCAUCUGUGUAUAGUAAUUAAUUUUAGUUUCAUAUCUUUUUUGCUGAAAUAUUCUAUGUGGGGGCCAGUGAGCUGUAUUUCAAAGAAAUAGGCCAGGAAGAUUAAGUGUUUUUGCUUGACGGGCUGGCAAAAGGGAAGGUUUUAUUUACAAUGUUAUCAUUUCAUGCAGCAAUUUCAUAUGCAUUUGCAGUCCAGCUAUACUUUUAAGUGAAAGAAAGUUGGUUACAACAGACACACUAUACUGUUUGCAUUCAUGUAAGAUUGAUUAUAACUCUUCCCCAAUUUGAAUACAGUUCUAAUGAUUUUCAGUUUUUAUUUUGCUUUACUGGUAUGUUUUUUUUUAAUGAAUUGAAUGUCUACGUUCAUGUUCAAACAAAAGAAAAGUGAAUUUAUGGAUUUUCUUUACUUUAUAGCCCCCGAUAUCUUUUAAAGCAGUGCUAUGUUCUUCAUGUAUUAAAGAUUAAUUUGCCACCAA